AUGAACCAAGCAUUGUAUGCACAUAUGAAUAAUAAAACAAUAAAAAAAAAAGAAAGUUUAGAGAAGCUUGAAGAAAGCUGAGGCUACGUAUGUGUGCAGGAGCGAAACUGAAGAGGAAUUUCACAGAAAACCAUGCGGUCUUCUUUCUCCAUCCGCUUACAACGCACAAAAACAUCCUCUGGAGUGGAACUUGCAGAUCGGAAGCCUAGGACAUUGGCUGGGAGGUGGUACAAGUUAGUUCUCAGCCUGGCUCCGAUGGCUCACACCUGUAAUCCUAGCUACUUGGGAGGCUGCCAGCAAGAGGAUCACAGCCCUGCAAAUAGUUCUUGAGACCUUAUCUUGAAAAAUACCCAGCAGGAAAAAAGGUCUGUUGGAGUGGCACAUGUGAUAGAGCGCCUGCCUAGCAAGUGUGAGACCUUGAGUUAAAACCCCAGUUCUGUCCCUUAAAAAAAAAAAAAAAUUCUCAGAGGCCAGCUAAGCUGGGGCUUUGAAAAUCUCAGCGCAAGACAGGUCUUUCAGAGAGCAUCCCCACUCCCCUCCUCCACCAUUGCCCAGUUCACAGGUGAGAAGUUUGAGCAUCAGUAGAUGGCUUGUUUGCAGUUCUUGGUAGUCAGGUCUAAUAGUCCAGCCAGCACACGAGGUCCUAAGCUUUGCUUAUAAAUAACAAACAAAUAUGAAAACAACUCUUUACAUCCAUUGUGAGCCCAGGUGUUCAGUCCAGUCAGUAACAGUAUUGGAACUUUAAGUCCAUCUUCGUGGUUGCUGCUGCUUUCAGGUGCUUGCCCACCCGGCGUCCAUGGCCCAGAGCACUGCAACUGGACAAAGACUUCGGAGAUCCUGGGAACUGAGCUAAACCGAAGAAAACAGGGCUUACCUAAGUGGAGGGGAAGAAGGGCAAUUGGGUGAGGGGAAAGGCUAGACCUGAGAGGAGGGUGAGCACUAGCUCUUGUUCUUAAAAGUGGUUGCCUGAUUGUGCACCCGCGGUAGGGCAGAUGGUGGAGGGCUUUGAACCUGACUGCCACAGGGAAUAAGGCACACUGGGGAACUGGCUGGAGGAGGGCUCUUAGGAGACUCACCUACGCGGAAGCCAGCACUUUACCAGGAAUUUACUUCCUGGUGGGCAUAUUAGCUGAGAUCCACUACUGCAGGACUCUGUCAUUUAGAAGGAAAUCAAGAUUUAAAUAUUGCUGUUGAAGAAGGGAUGCUUAUAGGGCUUAUAGGGGAAGGUAUUCUAGUUCAAUAACAGGAAGACUUUUCUUCCCUGGUUGUGUAUAAAUAAGAAAAAUAAUUACAAAAACACUGUUCUCAGUGCUCUAUGAAAAUGAGUUCAUUUACUUCUCAGGACACGUGAGGAAUUUGUUGCUAUUUUUGUCAAUUAAUUUUACAGAUGUCCAAGGUAGGUAGCUUCCAGGCUGAGGCGGAGUGGAAGAAGGCUGAGGUCCCAGGAUAUUCAACCUCUGAUUGUGUGAACUUAGCUUCUCCACGCCUUAGUUUCCUUACCUGUGACCUGCGUGCUGCAUCCCUCCCUCCCCGUGAGACCAUGAAUGUUCAGGUGCUUUGCACACCGUGCAUUCUGAUGCCAAUAGAAAAUCUAUUGUAAUUGCCCCCCACACAGCCCCUGGGAAGCGCAGCAUGUGUGAGGGACUGAUCAAGAGGUAUGUAGCUGCCAUGGUGCUGAGUGCUGCUGGAGAUGCCUUGGGGUACUUCAAUGGGAAGUGGGAGUUCCUUCGGGACGGGGAGAAGAUUCACCAGCAGUUGGCCAAGCUGGGCGGCUUGGAUGCCAUAGACGUGGGCCGGUGGAGGGUCAGCGAUGACACCGUGAUGCACCUGGCCACAGCAGAUGCCCUCCUGGAAGCUGGAAAAUCCCCAAACUUGGCUCGCCUGUACUCUCUCCUAGCCAAGCAUUACCAGGACUGCAUGGAAGACAUGGAUGGCCGGGCCCCUGGUGGUGCCUCUGUGCAGAAUGCCAUGCAGUUGGAGCCCAACAAACCUAAUGGUUGGAGAAUUCCCUUCAACAACCAUGAGGGUGGCUGUGGGGCUGCCAUGCGGGCCAUGUGCAUUGGUCUCAGGUUCCCUCACGACAGCCAGCUGAGCGUACUGAUCCAGUUGAGCAUUGAGAGUGGCCGGAUGACCCACCACCACCCAACAGGCUACCUGGGAGCCCUGGCGUCGGCUCUUUUUACAGCCUAUGCUGUGAAUGGAAAACCGCCCCAUCAAUGGGGAAAAGGCCUAAUGGAGGUGCUUCCAGAAGCUAAGAAGUACAUUGUCCAGUCAGGCUACUUUGUGGAGGAGAAUCUUCAAAACUGGUCCUACUUCCAAAAUCAAUGGGAAAAGUACCUGAAACUUCGAGGGAUUUUGGAUGGCAAGUCAGCCCCCACCUUCCCACAGCCCUUCAGUGUAAAGCAGAGGGAUCAGUUCUACAAUGCCCUGAGCUACUCUGGCUGGGGUGGCAGCAGUGGGCACGAUGCCCCCAUGAUCGCCUAUGAUGCCAUCCUUGCCGCAGGGGACUCGUGGAAGGAGCUCGCCCACCGAGCCUUUUUCCAUGGCGGAGACAGUGACUCCACAGCAGCCAUCGCUGGCUGCUGGUGGGGAGUUAUGCAUGGUUUUAAAGGAGUAAGCUCCUCCAACUAUGAGAACCUAGAGUACAGACACCGGCUGGAAGAGACAGCUAGGGCUUUGUAUUCUCUUGGAUCGGAGGAAGAUACUGUAACCAGCCUUUAGGCAGAAGUGAGGUUCACUACUAGUGGUUUCUUCUUCCCUCAGAGUUCCUUUUCUGCUUAGUCUUUUCAGUUUUUCCAAAGUCAACAAUCUUAACCUUGUUCUCAGGGAGUUUUGAGAUACAAGUCCCUUGGGUACCUUGAGCUCAGUCUUUCCAGACUCAUCUUGUUCUACCUGAAUUUAUCCCUCUUAUAAAGGAGAAUCCUUUAUAAUUAUUUUUUUCCCUUGCACUGGGGUUUGAAUUCAAGGCCUCACACUUGCUAGGCAGGUGCUCUUACACCUUGAGCCACUCCACCAGCCCU